UUUUUGCAUCUCUUCUUUGUUUCGAUUCGCCAUUACAGAACCGCUCUUUGGUCUCUUCCUCUUCCUCUUCCUCUUCUCUUGUCUGAUAAAAAUCAAAACUUUUUCUUCUCAAAAAGAUUUAAAAUUUUCAAAUAAAAAGAUGUAAAGGAGUCACUUUUCUUCUUCUUCCAGCUAUUAACAAUCCUCUACAUGCUUCUCCUCCAUUCGCCAUCAUCAUGUGAACCGUCUUCUUGAACUCUCAAAACCCACCAGAAUGUCUAAGAACACACAACUCGAAGAAAACAGAGAAGCAAAGCCAUUCAAGAGGUCGAGGCUCGUGUUCGAGCCGUCUCUAGGAGUGUUGGGGUUCUUCACAGUCGGUUUGUGUCUGGUAUGGAGCUUCUUCUACUUUGAUUACAGAACCGUAGCUGCUAAAAGCUAUAACCUUUCGGACAAAUCAGAGAGAUUCGUUUGGCUCAAACUUGACAACAAGAACAACAAGAGUGAUGUUAUUGGUUCAAACAGAGUUGGGUUUCUUGAAGAGAGUGGAGAUGGGUGUGAUGUGUUCGAUGGAGAUUGGGUCUGGGACGAGUCUUAUCCUCUCUAUCAGUCCAAAGAUUGUAGCUUUCUCGAUGAAGGGUUUAGGUGUAGUGAGUUUGGAAGGUCUGACUUGUUUUAUUCUCAUUGGAGAUGGCAACCUAGACACUGUAACUUGCCCAGGUUUGAUGCUAAACUGAUGCUAGAGAAACUGCGAGACAAGAGGCUAGUCUUUGUUGGAGACUCAAUAGGAAGAAACCAAUGGGAGUCUCUUCUUUGUCUUCUCUCUUCAGCAGUCAAGAACGAGAGCUCGGUUUACGAAGUCAAUGGAAGUCCCAUCACAAAGCACACAGGGUACUUAGUGUUCAGAUUUGAGAACUACAACUGCACAGUGGAGUACUACAGAUCACCAUUCUUGGUUCCUCAAACCAGACCACCGAAAAGAUCAGCCAAGAAGGUUAAGACAACUUUGAAACUAGACACUAUGGAUUGGACUUCUAGCAAAUGGAGAGAUGCAGAUGUUUUAGUGCUCAAUACUGGACAUUGGUGGAACUAUGGGAAGACUAUUAGAACGGGAUGCUACUUUCAAGAAGGAGAAGAAGUGAAGCUUAAGAUGAGUGUAGAUGAUGCUUAUAAGCGAGCUAUGGAGACCGUUAUGAAAUGGAUACAAAACGAGGUUGAUUCAGACAAAACUCAAGUCUUCUUCCGCACAUACGCCCCUGUGCAUUUCAGGGGAGGAGAUUGGAGAACGGGAGGAGCAUGUCACAUGGAGACAUUACCUGAGAUUGGAAUUACCUCAUUGGUUUCAUCAGAGACAUGGCAACAGUUAAAGAUUCUCGGAGAUGCGUUAUCACGUUACUCCAACAGAUCAGAGACUAUUAAAGUGAAUGUGUUGAACAUUACGGUAAUGUCUGCUCAAAGAAAAGAUGGUCAUCCAUCGGUUUACUAUCUUGGCUCGCGUGGUCCUGCACCGCUUCAUCGCCAAGACUGUAGCCACUGGUGCCUUCCUGGUGUUCCUGAUACGUGGAACGAGCUCAUGUAUGCGUUGUUUAUGAAACAAGGAAGAGCCAAAGAAGCAAAUAGUACAGGAAAUAUCACAAUGUCGUGACCCUUGACAUGCAACAAGCUCAGGUUUCUUAUACUGAUGGCGUUUUAUUGAAGGUACAGAGCUCAAAGAUCAAAAAGGGUUUGAGUAUUUUUCGAUUAGAUUCAUUGGGUGGGAAUAUGUAAUUAGGUUGAUAAUUUUAUAUGAUAGCUGUAAAGAUAAAAAAAAUAUUAAAUGAUAUUCAAAGUUUCAUAUAGAUUGAGAGUUA